AGUGACCACGCUUUAUGCACAUGCGUACUCAGGUGCGCCAGUAGGGGACGCGCUGGCACAGCAAAAUGGCGGCGGCACUACGGGUGGCUGCGGCCGGGUCGAGACUCAGCGUUCUGGCGAGUGGUCUCCGCGCCGCGGUCCGCAGCCUUUGCAGCCAGCCCACCUCUGUUGACGAGCGCAUUGAGAACAAGCGCCGGACCGCGCUACUGGGAGGAGGCCAACGUCGUAUUGACGCGCAGCACAAGCGAGGAAAGCUAACGGCCAGGGAACGGAUCAGUCUCUUGUUGGACCCUGGCAGCUUUGUUGAGAGUGACAUGUUUGUGGAACACAGAUGUGCAGAUUUUGGAAUGGCUGCUGAUAAGAAUAAGUUUCCUGGAGACAGCGUGGUCACUGGACGGGGCCGAAUCAAUGGAAGAUUGGUUUAUGUCUUCAGUCAGGAUUUUACAGUUUUUGGAGGCAGUCUGUCAGGAGCACAUGCCCAAAAGAUCUGCAAAAUCAUGGACCAGGCCGUAACGGUGGGGGCUCCAGUGAUUGGGCUGAAUGACUCUGGGGGAGCACGGAUACAAGAGGGAGUGGAGUCUUUGGCUGGCUAUGCAGACAUCUUUCUGAGGAAUGUUACGGCAUCAGGAGUCAUCCCUCAGAUUUCUCUGAUCAUGGGCCCAUGUGCUGGUGGGGCCGUCUACUCCCCGGCCCUAACAGACUUCACGUUCAUGGUAAAGGACACCUCCUACCUGUUCAUCACUGGCCCUGAUGUAGUGAAGUCUGUGACCAAUGAGGAUGUUACCCAGGAGGAGCUCGGUGGUGCCAAGACCCACACCACCAUGUCAGGUGUGGCCCAUAGAGCUUUUGAGAAUGAUGUUGAUGCCUUGUGUAAUCUCCGGGAUUUCUUCGACUACCUGCCCCUGAGCAGUCAGGACCCGGCUCCGGUCCGUGAGUGCCAUGAUCCCAGUGACCGUCUGGUUCCUGAGCUCGACACAAUUGUCCCUUUGGAAUCAACCAAAGCCUACGACAUGGUGGACAUCAUACACUCUGUUGUUGAUGAGCGUGAAUUUUUUGAGAUCAUGCCCACUUAUGCCAAGAACAUCGUUGUUGGUUUUGCAAGAAUGAAAGGAAGGACUGUUGGAAUUGUUGGCAACCAACCUAAGGUGGCCUCAGGAUGCUUGGAUAUUAAUUCAUCUGUGAAAGGGGCUCGUUUUGUCAGAUUCUGUGAUGCAUUCAAUAUUCCACUCAUCACUUUUGUUGAUGUCCCUGGCUUUCUACCUGGCACAGCACAGGAAUAUGGCGGCAUCAUCCGGCAUGGCGCCAAGCUUCUCUACGCAUUUGCUGAGGCAACUGUGCCCAAAGUCACAGUCAUCACCAGAAAGGCCUAUGGAGGUGCCUAUGAUGUCAUGAGCUCUAAGCACCUUUGUGGUGACACCAACUAUGCCUGGCCCACAGCAGAGAUUGCAGUCAUGGGAGCAAAGGGUGCUGUGGAGAUCAUCUUCAAGGGGCAUGAGAAUGUGGAAGCUGCACAGGCAGAGUACAUCGAGAAGUUUGCCAACCCUUUCCCUGCAGCAGUGAGAGGGUUUGUGGAUGACAUCAUCCAACCUUCUUCCACACGUGCCCGAAUCUGCUGUGACCUGGAUGUCUUGGCCAGCAAGAAGGUACAACGUCCUUGGAGAAAACAUGCAAAUAUUCCAUUGUAAACAAAUCAAAGGAAAAGAAACCAAGAACUGAAUUACUGUCUGCCCAUUCACAUCCCAUCCCUGCCUUUUGCAAUCAUGAAACCUGGGAAUCCAAAUACCAGUAAUAACUUAGAAUGACUAAGUUUAUUAAAUUCUAGAAAGAUC